AUGUCCCUUGCUCAUAUCAGGGAACAUGACAUUUCCAAAGAGGAAGUCAGGUUUCUUGAAUCAGAGGGAAAAGACUACUGUCUUUCCCAUGGAAUGAUUUAUAAAGACAAGAAUGAAAAUUUCCAGCACAUACCGUUUACUCUGUUGCCGUCACCAUUCCCAGAAAAACUCUUCACAGCUGCCAGAGAAGUUCAAGUGGAUUUUAAUCUGCUUGUACAUAAAGUUAGCCAAGAUUACCACUUUACCAAGACGGCUUUACUGAGGUAUUGUUUCGGUCGAAUGAAUACAAUAUCCCUUUACCAAAUCUGUCACUUAUUUCUGUCAUUAAAAUAUCUUUAUAGUUUGUCAUCUUUCCUUCAUAGCUGUCUCAUAUUCCACUGUUUUUUUUAAACGCAUAGUCGUCCUGAACACAAGAACAACCAAACAAAAAAAACAACAAUGUACGGCUGGAACAAAUAUCUAUAGCUACAAUCAGAUAGCUAAAGUUUUAUUGAAUUGAUACAGCGUACCUUGUUCCCAGGGUUUUCUUCUACCCGUCGAUAGGUAGGAGAGAGAAACUGGGAACGCGAUAGAAUUGAUCUUAGAAAAACAAUAAGUGCAACUAAAAUGUUUUGCAGAUAAUUCAACUUAAAUACAUUUCACUUUAAUAAGCUCAGAGUGUUUUUCUGUUCUGAUAUAGCACAGUCGCUGCUGAUCCCUUCACGUCCAAACUCUUUGAUAUUUAUGACAAAGUUUGGAAACAAGGAAGUUCUAAGGUACGUCGUACUGCACGCGACAAAUCAACCAUAAUAUAACCCUGAUAACCAUGAUGUAGCCUUUUAUCUUAUGAAUGAAAUGCGAUGGAAUCUAAUUAAUUAAAUUGCGGUGGAGUACAAUUAAUCUCCGACAAAUUUUCUAUUUACAGCCUGAACAAAUAUCUUUAGGAAUCUUCAGAUCGGACUAUUUGAUCGAUACAACAGGGACCCAACCAGAUGAAUGUAACAAUUAUGAUCAUAAGGCAGGAAAUGGAGGUAUCGCUGAUUCAAUAAAACAAGUUGAAAUAAACACCAUUGCUCUGGGUGGAAUUACAUUUUCAUGUUUGGUUCCCAACAUGCACAGGUAAUUUUUUGCAACUUUGUAGAAAAAAAAGAUAGCGUUAUGCAAGAGAGAAUAGUCUAAUUCUCUCCUAUAUUAUGGUAACUUUCCGGAAAGUUAUGAUUGAGUCGCGCUUGCAUACCAAUGGAGAACUUAAGAAAGUGCCAAUAAUAUAGUUUGAAAAUGUACUUUUGAGUUGAAACCAUUUACAGUAACAACAGUACAUUUUUAGAUGAAAAAGCGAUUAAAUAUCGUAGGUCACUGAAACUUGCCACCAUUUGUGUCAGAAAAAGAGCCUGUUUGACCAGCAUUAUCUUUUCAUUGUUUGUUCCAGAUAUCUAUUGCAGUUAAUCGGUCAACGUGGCUGCAAGGUAUAUUCAACUUUAUAUACAUCAAUAACACUACAAAUAUUGUGAAAUAUGUCAGUAAUAACCAGUCAGUUAUCAUUGGCUGUGUUUAAGACACAUUUUAACCGUCUGGACGCCGAGUGAGACAUUUCGGCGUCUUCUCAGUGUAGAAAAGGAUCUGAAACGGUACCAGUCUCGAAUAGAUGGUUUGGGAUUUUACCAAAAUACAGUGUGGGAUACAGGAUUGACUGCACCCCGGGAAACGGGAUUUGCCCAAAUUUUGCACGGAUGAGGGUCGGGAGAGAAAAUGAUAGUCUUCGGGAUAGUGGUGAAAGACGUUCGGGAUGUGGGAUUCUCCUGACGAGGCGGAAAUGCGCGUGAUCAGGAGAAGGCUUAAACAUCGAGGCGCGAAAUUAAAACGUCUGUAGAGUGUAUCACGUGCGUUUAAGUUCUUUAGGCGCCUAAGAGAACAUUAUGGUUAGGUUUCUUUGUUGAAAAGGGGGGCAAUAAAAAAAUAAGGUAGAAAAUGUACACACUUAAACCAUUACCUAGGCUAGAAUAGUCUCUAAACCGACUUUUUUUUGUAAAGGUUUCGGUUUGCCAGUUGUGCGAGAGAGAAUUCGUGUUAAUAAUUGAAGAUGUCUAUUCUCCAAGGUCCCUGCUAAUCCUGCACUGGAUGAAGCCGCAGCUGGGCUCAUUAAGGCCUGGGAACUAUAUGGAUCAGCCAGGUAUAAACUGAAGAAAUGUAAAAUCACACGAUAUCGUCAGCACUCAAUAGCCAAUGUAGUCCAGAUUGUGGGAUGUCCUACUAUUGAACACGGCAUAAUCAAAGUAAUAGCACGCUAUUCUUGAUAUAGAUUAUAGAACAAUGUAAAACUGAGCGUUGGUCUUAUAGGGCCACAACUAUACAGGAAACCGGCUAAGAAAAGCCUGGAAUCUAGCGUAUGAAAGACAUGGUUGGCGUUACUACUGAAAUGGCUUUUAUAUAACUUAAACAAUCCUAUUUAUUUAUUUAUUUUGUUGCAUUUUAGUGCUGUGAUUAUGUUCGUUGUGGAACGUGAAGAGGUAAAUGUAUAUGAUCAAAGGUUGCUGGAAUAUCACAUAAAAGAAAGGUAAGCAAUUUUUUAAAAAGCUGUAAGUACUUUUUGUUCUUCUGUCAACAUUGUGUCAGGGAUUUCGAGCCAGAAGAUACAGAAAUUUUGCCUGAAACAUUCGACUUUUUUACGCAACGGCCUUCACAAGCGACCGGCGGCGUCGUAUAUUGCUUUAGACCACUUCAGCACCUGAUUUCGUUUUAUAUUCAACAGAACCUCUGCUGUAUGUGUGAUUAGGAGGAGCCUUGCAGAUGUUUUUCGUAACAGUGAAACAAAGAGCGAUCAGCGUUUGUUUGUGUAAGAAUGUUUUAUUAUUUUAUGUUGAUGACAACUCAGUGAGUUUAAAUGUGUUGGUGCCAAGUAGUAACCAAUUUGAACUUGCAUUAGUCUGUGUAGCUGGCGCUGUUAAAGGGCAAAGUGCUUUUGUAUUUUAGCGGCGAGAAGAUUUUAAGCAAGUCUUAUUGAAAUUGCCGCUCUCGAUCUCCGUAGCCAAGAAAGUACAUACCCCGGGCAUAACCAUCCUACACGCAUCGCAGGCUAAACUUACACGCGCUUUCCUGAUGCAUGAUCUGUUUCAUUCACUACUAAUGAAAAGGACAAAACACGCUUAACUCAAACGUUUUGUUCAGCUAUCAUAUCGUUCACAACUGUCAAAUUGUAGAAACAGGUUAAUAGUAUAUGGUGAGUUCUUUUGAAGUAAAAGCGUUCAUUCUCAAUAGGGAUGGUCUGGAAGUUGCCGUGGUGUACUAUCGGGCAGGCUAUUCUCCGAAACACUAUCCCACUGAAAAGGUACAGAGACAAUAAAUUAUCAAAGCUCCAAUAUUAAAAGGCAACUCCAUAUAUUUCCCCCGUAUUUCGAAAGUUACGCAACAAUGCCGAUGCUCAUAUUUCGAGCUUGGGCUACCUGUGUAUCACCUUGAAGGUAGAGAGUUUUCAGUUUAGUUGAGUGUAGAAAAUCUAGACCUCGGUCAACUUGUUAUUCUAACCAAUCAAAGUAGGUGCAGAAGCCUUACGAACCAAUACCAAACACUCGAAUCGAAAAUAUAGUAGGCCUGAAUUCCGAAUUAUCUUAAGCCUCUCAUUCAAAAUAAAUCACGAUACGUGCUUAUCGGCGUGUUAUUGAUAAGUCCACGCCGUUCUGAUAAAGAUGUUUAGGGCAUGUCGGAAAUCCGGGGCCGGGCGAUACAGACAUACAGCUAUAGCCAACCAAGAUAGUUCAGAGUCACUUGACUUUAUCAAUAUUUUGCUGUUUACAAUCGGCGACGAAAUUGUUGAGACACUGUGAUACAAAAUAAUAUUUUUUACGUGCCUCAGUAAGCAGAGGUGUGCUUUACUUUUUUCUUAUCCAGGAGUGGGAAGCUCGUUUAACAAUGGAGUUAGCCCGUUGCGUAAAAUGCCCCUCAGUUGGACAUCAAUUGAUCGGAACCAAAAAGAUGCAACAAGUUUUAGCUAAACCUGGCGUUUUGGAAAGGUAUCAAGUACCGUAUUUAUUCGAUUAACCGCCCUGGGCGCUUAUUAAAUUUUUGGACCUUGAGAGUGGGCGCUUUAUAGAGGUGGGCGCUUAUUCGAGGCUGGGCGCUUAUUAAAUUUUCAACACUUCAGCAAGUGCAGUAUGUUUAUUUUGCAACAAAACAAUAAAUAGUAAAAACAAAACGCGAAGAUGUAACAAAGCAAGGUUUCUGUAAAAUACUCUGAAGAAAACUCCGUCUUCGGGGAAGUCUCCAAGUCUCUUAUUAGUACUUAUUCAAUAUUUGGGGGGUGUGAGGGGCAAGGGGGUAGGCUGGGGUAGGCGCUUAUUCGAGGCUGGGCGCUUAUUAACUUUUUCUGCCUUUAGGAUGGGCGCUUAUUCGAGAUGGGCGCUAAUUCGAGGUUGGGCGCUUAUUCGAAUAAAUACGGUACUCGAAUAUUCAGCGCUUAGUUUAGUAUCGAAGGAAUUAAAGUUGAACGCCAUGCCGCCCUGAAAUUGGAACUUAACAAAUUUUAUUCGCUAAGGAUAUAACAUUCACAACUUUGCCCAGGUUGUGACGGAAGUAGUUUUUUCCUUUAUAUAACGGUUUCUUUUGUAUCUCUGUUUAACAUAUAUGUCUUUCAUUACAUUCUCUAGGUUUUUACCUGACAAGGAUUCAGUACAAAGGGUCAGAAGAACUUUCACUGGACUCUACACACUUGACUUGGUAACUACUGUUCCAAUGAACUUCAAUCAAUCUAUCAGUCAAUCAAUCAAUCAAUCAAUCAAUCAAUCAAUCAAUCAAUCAGUUAAUCAAUCAAUCGAUCAGUCAGUCAAUCAAUCAAUCAAUCAUCAAUCAAUCAAUAAAUCGACCUGCCAACCUUAGGCAAAUAAUAGACCUGGUCACAACUGUUCCAAUCAUUUAUGUAUUAAAAUCAUUUAAUCAAUCUGUCAAUGAAUCAAUGAUCAAAUCAACAAUUACUCAUCGUAUUCCUCAAAUGACAACCUCGUUCCCAGGGUUCUCUCCUAUCCGGCCCUGCGGAGCUCCGUAGGGACGGUCAGAAUAACGAGCUUGAGAACGAGGUUGAUAAAAUGAAUCAACCGGUCAUCGACCUACCAUGCGCCAACCAUAAGCAAUUUUAAAAUAGAGAUUAAAAAAAAAAAAAAAAACCUUCAAUAGGAAAACGCUGAUCCCCGCGAUCAAGUUUUCCCUCUACUUGUCGGUAUUGGUUUUUCCUUAAACUUGGCGUUAUAUUUUGUUAAAUUAUUAUCUCAAUUCUGUCUAUUACAGGGAACAGAAGGAGACCACAAUAUGAAAUACUGCUUAAAGGCAGUGAAGAAAUACGUGCUAAAGCCGCAAAGAGAAGGCGGAGGUGAGUAAUGCCAUGCUUGUAGGUGUGCUUGCUCUGAAAUGGCCCUUUUGCUAAAAAAAAAAAAAUCUUAGUCAAACUCUUGGAGUUUCUUACAUACCAUGACCAAAUCGUAUACGUUUUAAAUCUACAUCUUGUUAUGUAAUAGCAAACCUUGAAACAAUUCUUUUUUACCUACCGCCGUCUAGAAAGGAAGACCGUUCUAUUACCGUAUUUUUUUUUUUACCAUGUUAAUGCAUUCCUAUUUUUAUGUUCUUAUCACAACAGUUUUUUAUCCUUUCAAUUGUUAUAAAGGAAACAAUAUUUACGGAGAGGAAAUCCGUCGUAUAUUACUUAGAACACCGGAAAGCAGGUCGCAGUUCAUAUUGAUGGACCGAAUUCAGCCCAAAUUAAACAAGAAUAUUCUAGUUCGUCAAGAUACACCUGUUUCUGAAUGCAUUGAUGUCAUUCCUGAACUUGGAAUUGUGGGUAUUAUUAUCAGGUAUGUCCCUAGUUACAGAGGUGAGUAGAUACAAUGCCAACCCGUCAAUCCGAGGUGUCCAUCGGCGUCUAACGGAACACUGACGCCCCGUCCACACGUAUCCGUAAAAUUUUCAAAUCCAAUUUGCCCGUCCACACGUAUCCGAAGUCACUGUCAGUUCUUCAACUAAUUUGUAUAAAGCGAUCUUCGCCUCAUGCAAAAAUUUUAUUGCCAAUCCUCUUCAAUAACUGUUUCCAGCUGUUUCACUGACAAAAUUGUCCCACCAAGCACUAUUUCGCUCGUUUAACUUGUUUACGGCGUCCAAUUUGUCCGUCCGACAUGGAAAGAAGCUUCAAAAUGUCGAGCCGCCGUUUGGCAUAAUUGAAGUAUAAUCAUAGCUACAAUCCUCGUCGCAUUAAGUUGGCGGGACACCCGGUGCAGAAACCAUAUUGCGACAAAACGUUGGGCUCUUUCCCUCCCAGUGUUGAACUUUUUGCUUCUGUGAUGCCAACUCACAUAAACCAACAUUGAGGGGGCAGCAAAUAUCACAACUGUCUCAACUAAUGUCACGAGAUACGAUUAUUCUAGGUUUAACUGCACUCACGUUAUAAAACUUGAAACUCUAGUCCAAGAAGCAAAGAAGCGAUAAACUCGGCACCGUCUUAAACAUUCACGAUAAAGAACUGGGCUCGAUCCUGUGACGUCAUUGGAUAAACAAAAUAUCCCGAUCUAGCGACCAUUCGAAUCCGGAUUCAUAGCGUAUUCAAAAAUUUCCACUCUGGAGAGCGGAUUCAAAAAUUUGGGGAUUCGUAUGCCGGAUACUCAGAAUAAGUGUGGACUGAAGCCGAAUCCUGAAAGAAAAUGUUGCGGAUUAAAAAAUCUCCGGAUACGUAUGGACGGUGCCUGAAAUGGACGCUGUCCAGGCAUUUACUUGAAUUGAGUAAUAUAUAUUAGAAAAAAAGUUGCUGGUAUUGUGGAUGCAAUAAAUGACAUCAACCGUAAAUCAACUCUACCGGUAGUUGACUGCUGUUGGUAACGACCGACCCAGAAAACAAUGUUUUUACCGCUGAAGUAACUCACGUCCCUGAGGCUGUCAUUUCGUCUCCAGGGGAUAGACAGAUCCACCGCAGACAAAUUCACUCAGAUCAAUUACGAUUGUCAUUGCUUUAAUUUUGUACACUUCAAGUACAGUAAGAUUACUUAUGUACAAGAAGAUUUUCGGUAAAUUUCUCCUUUCACCUCAAAAUUGUACACCUUUAUAAUCUUUAUCUCCCUAUUUCAUUAAAUAUCCAGUGGGAAAACUUAGGUUCUCAAAAAUUGCUUUAUUUUCAGUCGUGGUGAUGAAAUACUUCUCAACAAAGAAGCUGGCUACUUAGUGAGGACGAAGACCAUGGAUCAAGAGGAUGGAGGCGUGUUUGCUGGAAGAGCCGCUUUCGACAGCCUUUUUCUGAUUUAACGUUGUCAUUGUGCAUAUUUCGGUACGUUUAAAGGCGUGGCCAUAUCUCUCCACGAAAGAUCUUGUUUGUUUUUACUCUCGAGGAUGGGAACACAAAACAACAAGUUUCUUUUUCUUUUCCUGCAUGAACUUUGAUCCAGUCGUUUGAAAUUCAACUCCAAGAGAAAUUGCAGCAUUUGACGAAUUAAACGAGAUGGAAUAAGUGACGUUUUCGUAGCCGUCGCCGCUCCCACAUAGCUAAUCGAGACGGGUAGUUAGAGCAAAAAAAUUUGGUACCAAAUACAAAAAUUAUACAAAAAGUUACGCUUAAUACAUGUAUGGCGCGAAAUACAAGAAGUUACAGCUAACAAAGAACUAAAGUUACAAGGUUAUUGCACCAC